CUCGCCAUCAUCUUUUCUUCAUCCACAUCACCGCCUCUCCCCCCAAUCUCCCCGCUCCAAUCUAUCUACCUGCCUCCGUAGAACUUCGCUUCCGUCCACCGUACCUCUCUAACGUUCCUUGCCGCCCGCUGCCCGCUGUCCGCUUCCCGCUGUCUCCGCGCGUUAGGACAUCGCACGUUUUCUCCACCUGCACCCACGCCAGCCUCUUUUUUUUUUUCUCCCUAGCCCCUCGUCCAUCCGUUGCUUUGCGCGUAGGCCUUGAGGAAUCGAUAGGUUGUGUCCGCGUGUCGUUUCCUUUUCCCUUUUCCCCUCCCAUCUUUUGCGUCUCCUGUGCGCUCUCUAUCGUUCAGGAAUGGACGAGUCGGACGUGCAGCACCAGGGCGAUGCCUACGAUCCUACCAAUAUCGCCUCCUAUACCGGACAGGGCAUGCUGGAAGAAGACGAUGACGAUGACUAUGAUCCUUCUAACAUGCAGUUCCAGGAUGCACAUUCGGCCAACCAGUCCGCAGGCGACAGCGGUGCAGGUGAUGGCAGCUCAUUGCACGCCGCUGCCUCUACGAAGCAACGGACGGUAGGUGGCUUCAUCGAAGACGAUGACGACGAUGAAGAUGCACCUGCGGUGACUGCAAACACGACAACGGCGGGGCAAGACAUAUCUGCGGCUGCUUUAAGCGCCGCUGGACAAGCACCGCGCUCUGUAACACAGACGCCGGUCAAUGCUACACCAGAUAUUUCAAAUGAGAAAGCUGCUACUACUGCUGCACAAGAUCAGGGUUUUGCGCCCCCCCGCUCUUCCUCCUCCACAGGUGUCAUUGCUACUACUGCUCCUGUUCCAAUUAUCAACAUUGACCACAAUCCUCCUGCUUCUGUUGCUUCUGCCACUUCUGCUGCUUCUGCUCCACUGUCUAACGGCGCUGCCGGUGUUCAGUCAUCAGGCGUGACACCUUCUCAGAGUCCAUUUCCUCAGUUGUCUGCUGUACAUGUAGCUCCUGCUCAGAACGUUCCUUCGUCAUCUUCUGUCCCUCUUCCUAAGGCGAGACUGCCGCAAGAUAGGGUUGGCAUACUUGAGGAUAGAAUAGCCGCGGAUCCACGUGGUGAUACUGACGCAUGGUUGAGUCUCAUUGAGGAGUAUAAACAGCGCAACAAGAUUGAUGAAGUAUACGAGACGUAUGAGCGCUUUCUCAAAAUCUUCCCUCAGGCGGGAGACCAGUGGGCGGCCUAUAUCCAAACCAUGAUGCAAAACGAAGAUACUCGGAAGGCGGAAACAUCGUUUAAUAAAGUGCUUCUCAACGUUCCGCACGUGCGCUGCUGGUCCCUCUACAUAGAUCACAUCCGCCGCAUGAACAAUCUCGCCACAGAUCAGACCCAGCAGGCCCGCUCCGUUAUUACUUCCGCUUUCGAAUUCACAUUCAAGCACGUUGGCAACGACCCUAACUCGAUGCAGCUGUGGCAGGACUAUAUCAACUUUGUCAAGAGUGCACCGGGUAAUGUGGCUGGCGAUGGAUGGCAGGACAAACAGAAGGUGGAUGCGGUGAGAAAAGCGUAUAGACAGGCGCUGAGCAUUCCGCUGCCGAAUUUACAGGGCUUGUGGAGCGAGUAUUCGACCUUUGAGAUGACGGCUAGUAGGGUCAAUGGACGAAAGUUCAUGAACGAGCAGAUGCCGGCAUACAUGACGGCCAAGCAAGCAUACAUUGCGCUGGAAAACAAGAUACAGCUGCUAAACCGCUCAACGCUUCCUAGAUUUCCCCCGCUUCCCGGCUACGAGGGCUACGAGGACUACCAAAACCAGCUGCGCAUAUGGCGAGACUGGAUCGAGUGGGAGAAACAGGAUCCGCUCGUACUUAAGGAUGAAAAGCCCGACGGAUCCGCGUUCAAGAAUCGCGUUUUGUUCGUAUAUAAGAUCGCGUUGAUGACCCUCCGGUUUGAGCCGCAAAUGUGGUUUGAGGCCGCACAGUUUUGCUUUGACAACGAUCUCAAGGACGAGGGCGAGAAGCUGCUUGAUGCUGGUAUCAAGGCGAACCCAGAGAGCUGCUUGCUCGCUUUUGCACAGGCGGAUCGUAUCGAAACGCAGACCGUAGGCGACAACGACCCAGUGGCUCGCGGGGCUACCGUACGACAACCGUACAACAAGCUCAUCGACGCCUUGUACGACUUACUAAAGCAAACGCGCGAACGCUCGGAACGCGAAGUGGCAGAGAUUCAGGAGCGCUAUACAAAGGAAGCCAUGGAAGCGCAACAGUCGCGAGAGCAAAGUCGACGCUCUGACGAUGACGAUGACGACGACACAAAUGGCAGCCAAGAUCAGGCCAAACUAGUAGCAGCACGUCGUGACGCUGACAUUAAAGCUGUGCAGGAAAAAUAUAAUGCUCAAUUGCACGAGCUUCGACGGAUCAUCACAGCGGCAUGGGUGGCACUUAUUCGCGCGAUGCGCCGUAUUCAAGGCAAGGGGAAGCCAGGGUCAUCAGAUCUCCCCGGCUCGCGAGGCAUCCUCAGCGAGACACGGAAGAGAGGCAAUAUCACGAGUGAUUUAUACAUUCAAUGCGCUUUGACCGAGUGGUAUUGUUACAAGGACCCUGCUGCGUUGAGGCUCUUCGAUAAAGGAAUGACGCUGUAUCCCACAGACGAGAAUUUUGCACUGGAGUACAUUAAGCAUCUAAUCGCCCAGUCUGACUUAACCAACGCACGUACGGUGUUUGAGAAAGCAGUCAGCCGUCUUGAGAAGGAACCAAGCUUGGUGCACAAAGCCAAGCCACUGUACUAUUACUUCCACACGUUCGAGUCCAAGUAUGGCGAAUUGGCUCAGAUUCAAAAGUUGGAACAACGCAUGCGAGACUUGUUCCCUGAGGACCCAACUCUCCGCGUCUUCGCUCAUCGCUUCGAGUACGAGAAUGCCCUUGCAAAUAAGUUCGAUCCGACUACCGUACAGCCUAUCAUUUCGCCAGGCACUCAGAUGCGACCGGUAAUUAUGCAAUCCAUUGAACAAGACGCUCAGCCUGCAUAUCUCAAUGCUGCCGGCAUCGCGCAAUCCACGUUCGGAACGAGCUCGCCGAAGCGACCUUUGGACGGCACCAGCAACAUAGAAGGUCCUCCUCGAAAAUUAGCCCGUGGCGAGUCACCACUCAAGGGUGCAGCAGGUCGUCGCCUGGCAAGCGCACGCACAAGUGGCAACACUCCUCUCCAAAGUGUCGCCACGCUUUCCACGGGCGGACUCUGGCCCAUCCCGCACCAUAUCAACUUCCUCCUCUCAUUAUUGCCAAACGCACGAUACGCAGCAAACAUGACGCCCGCUCUCGACCCUGUCGGUGUCGUCAACAUCAUGCGAGGCGUGAAUCUUCAGCCAAACAUUUGGGCUGGAGCGAACCUCAAGGCGGCAGGUCCGGGACUUAUGGACCCGCGUUAUCACCAGCCUGUGCCCAUUGGCAUCGGUAAUGCGAUACAGCCCCCUCAGCAGCAACUCCCACGACCACCUCCACCAGUGUCUCAACAUGCUCCGCCACCGCCAGUCGUGGGUGUGCCACCAGUCCCUGGCUAUGGACACCCUCCUCCGGCGAUUCCUCCACAACCAUAUCCGCAGUACGCUCCUCCCCCGAACACAGCUUACCAAUAUGCGGCCCCUGUGAAUGGUACGUACGGUUCAAUUUUUUACUUCAAUACUUCUUCAAGCUUUCGAUAAGCACUCGAAAGUAAGACGUACUACAUCUAACAUGAGCAUCAUGCUCCUCCAAAACGAUCCGGUUUUCAGGAAGCUGAUAAUUACGGAACAACAUCCAACACCAUCGCCCUUGCCUUAUCUCUCAACUUUUUUUUUGUUCUCGGGCAGGAUGCUUACACAUUAGCGAUACAGCACCUUAUCCCCCUGGAUCAUUACGGUAGUGUGACAGGCUUGUGUCCGAGCAUCGACGGCUCACUAUGAGUGUAAGCGCUCUACAAAUGGUCAAACCUUCGAAUGGCGGGCCAUGCAGUGUUCUGUCACUUCACCGCCCCAAAUUGUAAUUGAAUUUUGGACGACGAUCAUCCUCAUCCUGCGACGACUGGUGGUCAGUCAUUCGCUCGAGAUACCCAUUUCAUAAUUUUCGACGCCUUGCAUGACGGUUAUCUGGGCCACAGUCCAUUGCAGAUUCUACACUAUACGCAUCUCGAUUAAUACAACACAGUCGCAUUCUGGCACAAUCACGUGCCGAAAACCUUACUCCAGAGGGAGAACAAACCCAAAAACGGAGAAAUAAGACGAAAAAUUGUGAACCGCGGCCUAGUCAAGGAGAAUCUCCAUCGGCUUUUCUUGUGGCCGAGGGCAUACUUGAUGCACAUCUAAACUUCCUGGAUACAACGAUGGCUAUGGACGAUAAGGAGGGUUGUCGUAAAGCUUCUUCGUCGUUCCAUUCUCGUUUCUAUUCGAAUAAGAAACAUAAAAAGUUAUGCGUUUCAGGCAUGAGCAUGGGAAAGGCGUUCUGCAGUGCAAGUUGUUCAUGGCCAACGAGCAAGCAUUCGAGAAUGGAUUCGAAGAAAAAAAAACUUGUCUCCCAUGCCCUAUUAGGCAUCAAAAAGAGUGUGAUAUACAGAUCACGUGUAUUAUAGCGAGCACUGGUGUCGAACCAUCAGUAAGACUCCACCAAUAAUUAAUGCUUUCUUCUAA